AGACCAUUACUUUCCACCACUUACUUCUGCCCCAUAAAUACACUCGCACACUGUUAUAGAGCAUGUGAAGUUGUGUGAUUCAGAUCAUCCAAGAGGAGUGUCCUGCUCUCACGCCUUUCUGUAGUGACCAAGAGAACUCAGACAAGAGAGCUUUGAAAGCUCCUGGCACUGGUUUGGGCCAUGCCGGACCUGAAGAAGUACUUCAUCGAGGGCCUGAUUCAAGUGGCUAUUCUUCUCAGUCUGUCCGGGAUGCGUGUAGGUGUGGAUCCCUACCUGCCCCCUCUUAGCGAAAUCAUUCAGGGCCCAAGUUUAGCUCUAACUCAGACUCAAUUCCACAAUCUGCGAAACAUCCUGGAUGGAUACAACCUGCACCCAAAAAGCAUAGACCUAGAUGGGUUCUUCACAGCCCGCAGGCUUCUGAGUUGGGUACGUUCCCUAGACCGUCUGCAGGUGCCAGCGGCAGAGUUAGAAGCCUGGUUGGUCCACAGCGAGCCUGACAAUGGAGUCUCCAUUCCAGGUCAAGUGGGUCUCCUUGAGGAAGCUGGAGGACUUGAAGAUGUGGAAGAUCCCUCAGAGCUAAGCAUGAGGUUGGGAAAUGGAGGAGAAAUGGGUUAUGACGUACUUGAGGACCAAACCCUUGGACCUUUGGGGCACAUGCCAAGAAACAUCAACCAUUCAGACGAUGAUGAACUCAUUAAAGAGGAGGGAGAUGGUAUGUCUUUCGCCGGGGCGCAAGAACCUCAGCAAAAUGUCCACCAGGAGCAGUUGGAAAAUGCAAGAACACAACCUCUCAGCUUGUUUAAUGAGGAAGAAGAGGAUGAAUUCAUGGUGGACAGCUGGAGAAAUACAAAUCCAUUUCACAACCAGAUGUUUGGAGAGGAUGUACAGUUGUCAGGUGUAAGGGAAGACACUUCUCUUUCCAUUGAAGAGUGCUUGCAUCUCAUCGAUGCCAACUUCCCCUCAGAAGAGGAUCCAGAGUUGACAGGUCCUGGUUUACAGAAUGUAGGAGAACAUACACUUCAGUUUCAGAGGCCACUCAUCUCACCCUUGUUGCCUGAACAGGAAUCCGCAUUUACCUUAGAGCAACAGUGGCAAGAUGUUUUGUCCAUCAUGGAGUCACAGGACAUGGAUAUAGCCGAAACAACAGGCGAUUCCCCCGUCAAUACAAGUGAUUCAGACAGAAAUACUGGAUCCAUGGACAGCUUUAUUCAUCAGGAUGUUAGCCUUCACCAAGCCACUCUACCAAGAUCCACCGAAGCACAAAACAGCGUCACCAUGGAAGAAACCUGUCGGAUUAACAACUACUCCGUGCCAAACGUCAACUUGGACACCUCUGCUAAUGUAGAAGCUUUUGAAGACUCUGAUAUCAUAGACCUCCUUACUGGGACUUGCCUGCCAAGCCCAUUAGAUCCUCUGCUGGAGGAAGCCAUGCUUGAUGAGAUUGGACUAAUGGAUUUGGCCUUGGAAGAACCUAGCCAGGCACAAUUUGAAGAGCAAAACCAAGCAGAUUCUGACUCUGGUUUAUCCCUGGACUAUAGCCAAAGCCUUACCUCCCCUAGUGGAUCUGAAUCUUCCAGUUCCUCAUCAUCUUCUUCAUGCUCUUCAUCACCUUCCAGCCCAACCACUAGUUUGAUGCCCGAGGAAGGUGCCGUGGGCUACACCCAUAUCAAGGAGGAGGAGGAUGAUGAUGGAGCUGUGGGUGGCUUCAUGCCAGAACAAACCAAAAUGUGUCAGUCAAGUUUUUUGGAAGCCAGGCAGUUCCAUCGUCUUCCUUGGCUCGAACACAUCGGACACGAUCAUACCUACAACCAACCUCAAAUCCAGAAGAAACCUCCAAAAGAUCCCUUCGAUGAGUUGAAAGAGAAAGCGCUGGAGCAUCUGUCCAGCCGGGAUGAGAAACGUGCACGUUCGUUGAAUAUCCCGUUAUCCAACGAAAGCAUCGUAAACUCGCCCGUUGAGGAGUUUAAUCGUUUGCUAGCAAAAUAUCAUCUCAACGAGGCUCAGCUCACGCUCAUCAGAGACAUUCGCCGCAGGGGUAAAAACAAAAUGGCUGCUCAGAACUGUCGUCGAAGGAAGCUAGAUGUCCUAGUGGGAUUGGAGCGUAAUGUGGAUAGUCUGCGACGCCUCCGGAUCAGACUGCUUAGGGAAAAGUCUGAGAUCUUGUGCUCCAUCAGGGAGAUUAAGCAGCUUCUUAAUAGCCUGUAUCAAGAGGUAUAUGAGAGACUUAGGGAGGAACAGGGACUGCUCUACUCUGACAACAACUUUACUUUGCAGGAAGACUGCACCAGCCCCGUAACAUCACAACGCAGAUCAAAUUCACACUCCAGACGCAAACUUAGCAAGAGACAAAAACGCAAGAAGUGAGGAGGACUCUGCAAUGAGCUGAUGUUGAUUAGUUCUACAUGUCCACCUGCUGGUUUUCCACAGUCCAAAGGGAAUUUGCACCAAGUAGGGUAUUUUUACCGAAGAGAAGAUACUGUGUAGGCACAUAAUACAACUUGACCGAAAUUGAAGAUUUGAUGUUAAUUUAAAGGGCAAUGCGAGUUUCCUUGACUUUUGACGUAAAAGACAUUUAAAUAUACUCUAAAAACAGAGUAACAGGCAGCAAACUUGCAGUUUGUGCCUGAGGCUGAGUCUAGCCAGAGAAAGCACUCUAAGCUGUAGCCGAUAUUACAUGAAAAACAGGCGUUUCUUAAAAGGCACAGCAGUAAAUAAUAGACAGUUUAUUUCUAAGGGCCACAGAGAGGGUGGAAAAUGGCCAAAAAAGCUAAAAUAUGACUUUAACAACACCUUUUAAGUCAAAAUGAAAUCAAAAUGGACAUUAUGAAUAUUGCAGUUUAUCGAUUAUUUAUGAAUGUAUUAUGAUUUAUCUGUGCACGUGAUGACGUGUGCAAGGGCAGGACAAAAAUCUCUCCUUUCCAGCAACCUGUCACAGACUUGCAUGAGAUUACAGCAAUUAGCAAACAAAAAACGAUUCCCAAUAGAGAAAGUCCAAUUUUUCUUGCUUCGUUUCACUUGGAUGUCACAAUAGAGAAGAAAAGACAAUCAUGCUGACUUUAAGAACCAAACUGGGCUACAAAAACAUCAGGAGUAUCGGAAAUCGUUCCCAAAAACCAGUAAAAUAAUCCUAUGUUAGAAUGGCAAUUGUGUUUGGAAUUAUGCUUGGAAUCCAAGUAUUGAAACAAAAUUAAUGCAUUUUAAAUAUUGCUAACUGGUUUAAUAAAAGUGUUGGUUUGCCAUCUCAUUAUAGGGAACACCAUACAAUGUACAUUUAAUUUUGAGCUCAAUUAACAUUAACUAGAUUACAAGGCUGUAACGUUUAAGGAUUUGUGACCCACCAUGUUUUGAGUGAACUGGAAUUCUGUCCUUGAGUUUGUGUGGUUUAUUUGAGAUUGUAUUGCUGGAAGUAAUUGAUGAAAUGGUAAAAUACCAGUUCUGUAUUUGAUUUCAUUAAUAAUUUUGAAAUAACUUGUAAAUAAUUUAAACCUUUUUAUAUUCAAUUGUUUAUAUACCUUGUGUUAAAUAUUUUGCAGUGAAUUUAAGUUCUUCGUGACAAGCUCUUUUGUUUUAAUUAAAAGCUAUUUAUUGUCCUUAACUUUCAAUUUCUUUUCUAAUAUGACAAAAUACAUUUUUAAACAACAUUUCUUAAAAUAAGUAUAGAUCAAAACACACAAUUAAUAAAAAAGGUUUAAUGAACAAAUAGUCUCCCCCUUGAAAAAGUGAAAAUUAAAGAAAGUAACAUGCUUCAAACAGUACACUUUAAAAGAGAAAACAGACAAUCAGAGAGGAAUAUAAAGCAGUCACAUUACUGAUUGUGUACCACUAAAAGUACUUCAGACUUCUCUGGUACGCAGCAGAAGAGUAUGCCACUAUUAAUACCAUAUUUAGCGAAAAAACGUAUCCAGUGAUCCAAGCACUAUUUUAGCCAACGCAAAAACAUUUUGAAGAGAUUCAUUACGUUUUAAAAUUAAUAUUACCAUAACUAACAUGUUUAUGCUGGUGCAAAGGUGGUACUAAGAGACCUGAUCUGUAGCAUGGUAAACUCGGUGAGCUUUUUUUAUGAUAAAAAAGAUGCAAUUAAGCUGUGUAGUACAUUCUAAUUCUUGAGCACCACCAAAGAAUUGAGUAAAACAGCAAAAAAAGCAAACUUUUCAUCAAUGUUAUCUAAAGUAUUUCCAAAGCCUGUUCUGGCACUCCUUGAUCAGCCUAUAAAACUCGAAAGUUCAGCCUGAGAAGCUGGAAUAUAAAGAGCACAUCUCCUCUUCACACAGUAAUGCAACUGAUAAAAUACACUGACAGCUAACAGUUAAAAAUAAAAAUGUUUAUAUAAGAUUAUGGGAAAUGCAGUUUACUAAGCUUAGAAAUAAU